AUGCAGGUUUUAGGGGUUGACAUCAGUCCAACUGCUCUAACAUUGGCGCAAAAGAACCUGUUGCAUAACAUGCACCGGAACUUGUUGACCAGCCGUGCCCCUGAACAAGUUCACUUCCUCCAUGCCGACGUCCUUGGUAUGGGAGACAGUCGACCGGUGCCAACGAUACAGGAGACCUUGCGUGAACACUUUCCUCGGCUUGGACAGCCAGGUGAAUCGACAUCGGAAUUUGAAUGUGACUUACUAAUCUCCAACCCGCCCUAUAUCUCUACCGCGGACUUCCGCAAUGGCACCACAUCACGAAGUGUUCGUCGUUUUGAACCGCACUUGGCAUUAGUGCCGCCUCAUACCCUCCAGUCGACAAUGCCAGAAGGGUGCAAUGCGGAAGAUAUCUUCUAUCAUCGCAUUCUUACUCUUUCGCUUCAAUCACGAGCAAAGAUUACUGUCCUCGAGUGUGGGGAUAUCAUGCAGGCCCGUCGAGUGGUCACAAUGUGCCAAGCAAUGACUGUAGAACAAGGCAAGGAGUUUACUAUGGAAGUUUGGCCAAGCUCGGAACAGGAUUUGGCGGCAAAUGGAUUUCACUCCCGUGAUGGAUCACGAUGUGUGAUCAUUCAAAUGCGAGAUAAUGUUGAAAGGAUAUAG